AUGGAAAGCCCAGCGAACCUUCUUACGCUGCCAGGCGAGCUCAGGAACACGAUCUGGCGCACAGUGGUCCAGACGGAUCGCCUGUUGGAUGUCGAACCACUCUGUGCGGGCUCCAGCACGACCAAGCUACAUCAGCCUGCGCUGCCCUUCACAUGCAAGAUGCUGCGCGAGGAGGUGUUGAGCAUCUUCUACUCCGAGAACUCAUUUUUCCUCGGCAAAGUUGGAUACCAUAACUAUGGCGAUAUCCGACUAUACGAAUUCGACCUUCGGAUCCAGCGAUGGUGCUACAAGCUAGGCGAGCAGGCGAACUUCUUGACUCGACUGAGCAUGAUCAUCGAUGGGCUUUGCUAUGCCUGGGAUGACGGUCUUAUGCCAGGCGAUGCCAUGUAUGAGAUGGACACAAGGAAUGGCAGCAUUCGUUUCGAGAUGAACGGUCGACCAAGAUGUCUCUGCCGUCUGAGAGAUGCAGUUGAGAAGAGCGCAGUCAGAGACGGCCGAAGACUAUUGGACGUGAUGAAAGAGUACAGCACAUGUUACUGCGAGGCUGUUAAGGAAGGGCGCUGCAACCAAUGCGGUCUCUCGAGAUUGGAGACGUUCGGUCAAGGCCGACAGACUCGUCAGAAGAAUUGGGACAAUAUCAUCACGUGUUGA